AGAGCUUUCCCUCUGGAAAAAAAGCCACCCUUGGAGUGGAAGAUGCCGAGCCCAGCGCUCCCAAGGCAGGGUGAAGAGCAGCCUCUUCCAUGGGCUGGCAGGGAUGGAGGAGGUUCUGGAGAGUUCCCAGAGGGAAACCAGCUCUCUUGGCAAGGAACAGAGUGGGAAUAACUGCGGGAGGUCAUGCCUUGGCUUCUGAGAAAUCAGGAAGGCUGCGUGGGCUCACACCCACCCCGUCACGAGGAGCAGAGGAAGUCCGGCGCCGGAGCAGAGAUGCUGCCAAAGGAACCCUCUUCUCCUGGAAAACCCAGGGCUGGGUGGCCGGGAGGCCAACAGCAGCAAAAGCUGCAGCAUUUUAAGGAGUGCAUCCAGUUCAUCCACGAGUGCCGGCUCGCAGGGGGAGGCUGCCUGGUGCACUGCCUGGCCGGGGUGUCCCGCAGCUCCACCAUCCUGGUGGCCUACCUGAUGACAGUGACAGAGCUGGGCUGGGAGAGCUGCCUGGCUGCCACCAAGGCCGUGCGCUCCUACGUCAGCCCCAACCCCGGGUUCCAGCAGCAGCUGCAGGAAUACGAGAGGACGCUGCUCCAGGAGUACCGCGCCUGGAUCCGCCGGGAAUACGGCAGGAACCCCUUCCAGGACCAGGAGGAGCUGCAGCGCUUGCUGGGCCGGCAGCAGCUGUGGAGCAGGAAUCGCUCCUGGCUCUGAUCCCCAGCUCCCACCUUCCCUCCUCCCUGCCACGAAGGUGGCACCGGUGGUGCCAGCAGAUGGAUGAGCAGAUAAGCAGCUGUUCCCGGGCAGGCGUUGGCCCUGGGGCUUGGAAAACUCCGUUCUCCCUUUGCCAGGCACCUCCAGGGAUUCAAGUCUAGGGCAGAAAUCCACCAGCAGCAGCGUGGGCUGCAGGGGGACAGGACUCACAGCCCCCCCUGGCAGCUGCCAGCUCCACUGAAUGGGUGCCAGUGUCCUGCUCCGUCCCAUUCCCCCGCUCCCAAUGGAUUACAGCCACUUUUCCACCCUCAGAGCAGCAGCCGGCCCCGUCCCUCUCUCCUCAUGACAAUAUCUGGGCUGGCAGGGCACGGGAAAGGUGGUGCAGACCUUGGAAAUCCAAGGUGGGAUGAGAUGGAGAGAGGCCACCUUGUCCUCUGCUUCCCUGGGGAAGGAGGGAUGAAUCCCGGGAUGUGGGGGUGCUGCUCAGCCUCGGCUGGCACCCAGUGGGAUGGUGAGAGGGGGCUGGAGGUGUUUUGGGGCUGUGCAUGGAGCUUCCCACUCCAGCCUGUCCUUGGCAGGUGAAUAUCUGGCAUUUUCCUUAUCCCAACCCCAGGGAGGGGGGAAAUCCAGCAGUGCCAAAGGCUGCCUGUCCCACUGCCCCCAUCCCUGGAGCCAGAGUGGGUUUGGGUUUUCCCUGAGCCCCAUCUGAAUGUCCCUGCUUGCCAAAGAAGCCAAAAGCUUGGUUGGAUUCACUCAACUCAUGGACCAAUUUAACUCUGUCCCUCUCCAAAAGCCUUUUUAAUACCUAAACCCCAUGGCCAUGUCCAGUUUUUCAUCCCAACCUCGGAUUGUGCUUUUCCAGAGCUUUCUUUGGCAGGAAUCCCCCCCCAUCAGCCUUACAAGGAGGGUCCCAUCCCAUGGAUUGGACCUUCCCCAUGGAAACCUUCAACCCUUCCGUGCCAUCUUGGCCUUUUGCUAUAAAUACCCUGUUUGUCCACUCAAAAAUGUCUGUUCUGCAAUUCCUUCUAAGAAAAAAGGGAUUAAAACAUUUCUAGGAAUUCUCUUGAUGAAGAUUUCUGGGUACUCAUCGUGUGACAGCACCGGGGGUGACUCGCCCAGCUCCUAAUAAAGAAGAGAGUGAUUAAAAUGA